AUGGUUUCAUGGGUACAAAUAAGUUACACGAAAGUUACAAGGGAAUUACACGGAGGUUACAGAGAGUAUAACUCGGAUAUAACUCCCCUGCUUAAAGCCGGGAACGUUGGGAAUCCUUCUUUCGCCUCCGUAAUCCCAUAUUUUUAUGGCCUUCCCUGCAACAGAAGCGAAGCAGCCAUGGAAACCACGAAGCCCUCGCCGGCCACUAGGCUUGGCUCCCUCACCAGGACGGUCACCAAGAUCUUCCGCCACCGCCGGACUGCCACCUUCUCCGGUGUGUUCGAUGAAGAAAGCUAUAACCAGAAGCUGAAGUCCAAUCUAUCGGGGUUCAUAGAUUCCCGUAUUUCCACCGAUUGUAAUCCUAAGGAGAAGCCUAAGCUGGAUGAAUCAGCCAGCAGUAGCAGCAGCGGCAACAACAGAAAUGAGUUAGAGCUCCAGGUCGCGGAAUCGCCCUACGAUCCAGACACCAUUCAGGCUUCAGACCAGGCUGUUGUAUCGGAGCUCAAGCAUCUGUCUAUGCUAAAGCAAUCUUAUCUCAAAAGCCCUAAACAAUUAGAAACCCUGUCAUCGCCGGCGGACUCCCAAACCGAAUUUGCCGACGGCUUCCCCGGCAGGCUGCACCGUUGCGUUUACGGUGGUGCCGGGUUUCAGGGUGGGGAAAACUUCGAUCCAAUGCGAGGUGUACGUAUCGGAGGAAGGGAAGCGAAAUGGAGGGUCCAGAUGAUUUCUCGACCAAAUUAG